AUAAUUUCACAAAUUAUUCAAAAUUUGAAUUUUUUUUAGAAAUCAAGUCCUAGAAAUCAUAACAUUCAAAAUAUUUGGGCAUUAAUGAAUUUUCGUAAAAGUUUGGGGGCCUUCGACGCAAGUGAAAAUUCUCGCCGAGCAGCGAUUUCAAAUUGCCGAGCGCUUCACUCAAACUUUCACACAGAGACAAACACUUUAGACGCAGCGCACACCAACUGUUCGAUGGAUGUUCCCAGAGAUCAAUUAUCCGUUCUUCUGGAUCAUGGCCUCCAUUCCUCCGCUCAAAUCCUGGGUUGUUUUGCUGUUUCGUCGAUAAACCUUGAGACUAACCCUCAUAUCAAAGCAGAAAGCUUGGUGCUAUAUGGCGACUCACUUUUUCGAGAGAAGGAAUAUCGAAGGGCAAUUCAAAUAUAUAAACAAGCAUUGCAGCACCACAAGAUUCUACCGAAACAAACUGCAGCGACUCCCACGGCAACUAGGAGUGCGCUGUCGGCAUUAAAUCGAUCUUCGUCUCCAAAUUCUAUUAAUGCUUCGGUGAUAAAUGAAAAUGAGGUGAAAUUCAAGAUUGCUACGUGUCACAGCUCGCUCGGUGAGAACCGAGCUGCCCUCGCUGAGAUGGAGGGAAUUCCAAGCAAGUCGAGGAAUCUAGAAAUGAAUCUUACGAUGGCUAAGCUUUACCGAAAUUCUAGGCAUACUCGAGCUGCAAUUGGAUGUUUUAAGGAGUGUUUAAGAAAUUGCCCUUACAUAAUGGAAGCUAUUAUAGCACUGGCUGAAUUGGGUGUUUCCGCAAAAGAUAUCGUCUCGUUGUUUCCUCAGACUCCAACGAGAACCGGAAGACCUCCCUUUGACCAUUUUGACUCGAGUCGCUGGUUGCCCCGUUAUGUCGAAGCUCGAUGUUGCAUUGCUUUGAAUGAUUACAAAGGUGGGCUGGAAAUAUUCUCGGAACUUCUACAACGUUUUCCUAACAACGUUCACAUAUUACUUGAAAUGGCCAAGGUUAAAGCUGUCAUAGGAAAAAACGAUGAAGCCAUUCUUGAUUUUGAAAAUGUACGGUCAAUUGAUCCAUAUGUAAUUACUUACAUGGAUGAAUAUGCAAUGCUUCUGAAGCUGAAGUCCGAUUAUUCCAAGUUAAAUAAAUUAGUUCAUGAUCUAUUGAAUAUUGAUCCCACAAAACCCGAAGUUUUUGUGGCAUUGUCUGUUCUGUGGGAAAAGAAAGACGAGAGAGGAGCUUUAUCUUAUGCCGAGAAGAGCAUUCGCAUUGAUGAGAGACAUGUAGCUGGCUAUAUAAUGAAGGGUAAUCUGUUCUUGUCAAUGAAUCGGCCAGAAGCAGCAGUGGUUGCCUACCGGGGGGCUCAAGAAUUAAGGCCCGAUCUUCGUUCCUAUCAAGGUUUAGUUCGUUCGUAUUUGGCUCUUUCAAAGAUCAAAGAAGCUUUAUAUGCAGCCAGAGAGGCAAUGAAGGCAAUGCCUCAAUCUGCAAAGGCUCUAAAACUAGUCGGAGAUGUACAUGCUAGUAACACCAGCGGCAGAGAAAAGGCAAAAAAGUUUUACGAAUCGGCGUUGAGAUUGGAACCCGGUUUUCUUGGAGCUGCAUUGGCAUUGGCUGAGCUCCAUGUGAUGGAAGGUCGAAACGGGGAUGCGGUUAUUUUACUGGAAAGAUAUUUAAAAGAUUGGGCCGAUGAUUCUUUGCAUGUUAAGCUUGCUCAAGUCUUUGCUUCGACUAACAUGUUGCACGAUGCCCUUUCACAUUAUCAAGCUGCUCUGAGAAUAAAUAUCGAAAACGAAGCUGCGAAAAUAGGGCUAGAUCGCUUGGAGAAACAAAUGAAGGGAGUUGAUCCUGAUGCUCCAGAUGACGACGACGAAGAUAAUGAGGUUGAUGAUGCCGAUGGGGAUCAGGAAGAGGCCGAGCUAUUGUGAUGGAAGCGUUCGAUUAAAUUAAAUUGUUGUAAAAAAAAAUAAUUUUAAAUAUUUAAUAUUAUUGUCAAAGAAUGUAACUGCUGUUUGCGGUAUUUCUGCUUCUUUAUCGUUGAUAUCUCGAUCAAAAUUGGUGG